CUAAAUACAAUAGUUUAGUGUUGUCGAGGAUUGCAAGUGCAGUGAAGCCAUGAAACUGAAGAGCGUUGCCGUGAUUGGUUACUCGUGCACGUGAUGUCAAGUUGAAAAAGUCGGGUAGACGUUUUCAGAUGUUGUCGUCGUGUCUUAAAGCCAGUUAAAAUUUUCUGUCCUUCAGCAAUUCGCUUUAUAUUUUCAUCUUGAUGUUCAAGCUAGGGACAUUCGCUUACGAGGGAAGGUGUCAAUCUUACUUUUAGGACCUCUGUGACGAGAAAUGUAACAAACUCGCCGCGAGAGUGCCCUGUCAGAAAAGAGCAAGGAAUUGUCAAGCUGUCAAGGUUAAUGGCAGUACUUGAGUUUUGUGACCUUACCUGUUUUGAAAUUAAACAAAACAUGAAGUAAUACACGCAGAGGAAGCUACCGUGAAAAAAAUUCGCUGAUAGCUUUUGUUUGUCGUUUGUCGAUUUUAGGUGUCUUGUCUAACGAAAACGAACACAAGAAAUAAGAAAAUAGUUCUUCUUCUUUUUCAACAAAACUGAAGUUCACAGCUUGAGGCACUUCAGGUGACACAAGGCUGAAAAAGACAACUCCCCAUGAUAACUCUCUAAUCUACAUUUCUCCCUCAUUUGCGUUGGACGUUUCCUUGCAGUCAGUACUCAAAAGUACCAUGAUGUUUAGGCUGAAACUUGCGUUCGCUCUUAUGGCUCUCGUUCUUGCGAAAAAUACACUCUCUAAGUCCAUAAAGAAGAAGCACAGCAAAAAGGAGUCUAUACCGAAAUAUAAGUCUCACUAUGUACUACUUAUGGGAAACCCCAUCGAGGAUGAGCAUAAUCGCAAGGGGCUGGGCAUGAUUCUUUCCUCUAAGCUCAGAGGCGAAUCAGACAAACUAAACGGCGAGCCUUCGAAAGGAACCCACCACCACCAUCAUCAUCAUAAUAAACCAGGCACUGAUCUUGCGGCAACGCUGCAAACAUCUUCGGAAGGAUAUCCAUCGGAUGACGGUUAUAGCUACACCGAGGCACUAUUCACUGGGGCUCCGCUCUUGAACGGUACACCAGUUUCGGAGUCUGAUAGGACCCAAGAGCGUGACCGAAAUAAGGGUACAGGUUUCGCCAAGCUGCAAGCCGAUAAGAGCAAUGACCACACCAAGGAGGAAGACAGUGUCCAAAUUCAAAAGGAAGUUCAUACAGGGGAGGGUGUGGUGGGAAUUGCUGUUAACGAGAAACCAAAGGAGAAUCAGCACUUUCAAACAUCUCCAUCAAGUGAGGUAGGAAAAGAAGUGCAGAAAAAUACAGAGAAUUAUGAUGCAAAUCAACAAUCUUCUUCGAAUGCAUCCCCCUACAACUCAAAAAGUGAAAGAUUGGAAAAUGCAAAAUACACACAAAUACACGAAGUAUCAGGAGAUUUGUCGCAAAUGAAACAUCUCAAGGCGACCCCUUUAUCUGGAAAUUACAAAGAAGCAAAUAACCAUUAUCAACAUAGGGGGAAAUCCGCCGAGAAUCCACUUAGUGAUCGUCCUGUGGAACAAGUGCACCAAAUCUUGGUAACAGGUAAAACGCAAGAGAAUUUUGCUGGUAACGUAGAUGGUACUGGUCCGUUUGCUGGGGAAGAGCAAGUUAACAACAAACUGUCCGACAAAAUUAAUGUCAAAUCGUACGACGAGGAGUCAAACCUGUUAGUUUCAAGUGUUUAUAAUCAAGGACGAUUUGUAGAAAAGCAGGGAUAUCGCGUUGGCGGGCAACAACACCACGAAUUUCAUUCAAAUAUUACAACUGGACCUACUGAAUAUGAGAGGCCAGCGAAUUCAUUACACCAACCAAGCAUGGAUGAACUUCCCAAAGGUGUGGAACCAUCUGAAAAAGAGUCAGGGACCUCUCCUGCUUUAUCAAAUGGUUUCGGGACCAACGAAGAAAUUUCCAAACUCGGAAAUAAAAACAUACAGUUACAGAGUGAAUUCAUCCCAACUUCAACUGCCAUAGACGCUGAAAACGGCAAAGUAGAUACCUCGUACGAACAACUUGGUCGGCAACCUUUACAUCAAAAUCAUGAGCACACGGAAGGGGCAAGUGGGCCACCGAAUAUGAAUAAUCACGCUAACACAGGGGAUCAGAACUCUCGCGUCGCUCUUGAGUCAAGGAAAAUACCGAUUGAGAAAACGAAUGAAUCCAUGACAAUGCCCUUACAGAGUUCUACUCAAAAUGAAGGGGAUUCUCGAGUAGACGAAUUUAUCAAUCAACUGCGACCCCAUAAGAUAAUAGAAAGUUCAUUUGAUCAGGAGCUCACGCGCAAGAUAACGACAGGACCAUCGCAAGGAGAAAGUAACCAUGCAACUCCUAUGCAAAGUGCUAUUCCUGAUAAUACAUUUUCUGUUGAAAAAUCAGAAGAACAUGAUUCAUCAAAUAUAACACCACCUUCACUUCCAUUUCGAGAGGGUAGUAGCCCAGCAGAGUCAAGUAAUCGGAAUGAGGACUUGACCAAAGACCAGAGAGAACAGUCAGUUGAAGGAUCGCGUACCAACCCUGAGGCUUCAAAUACUAACCACAAUGAAAUAGAAACACAGCAAGAUAUAUCACAACAAAUGUUCCCGGCGAGUGCAGUGGACGCCCCACCGCAACACGAAGAUACCUCUACGAAUGAUUCUUUCCCACAAAAGGAACAGGAGGAAACAUCACAAAGUAGUGUUGAACAUGAACGUAAUAAAAAUGAAGAAUCGAGCGCCAGUUCAAUCAACUCUCUAGGACAAGCGUCUAUUCCAAAUGGAGCUACUAAUGAGAUAUCGUCUUCACGUCCAUACGGGGAAGGAAGCAUUUCGACGGCUUUUAGUCAUCAGAAUAAGGAAUUACCAAAUGACCGCAGCUCUGAAGAAUCUGAGGCAAUGAGACAGAAAGGAACACUUGAUAAACUGCCGGAUCAUGAAAGUACAUUUGCAAACGGAGUUGACUCGCCUCAACCACAGGAGGCGCUAGAAAGUAGCAUUGCGCCUGGGGUUGACACAAACGUUGCGUCGAGUGACAGUUCAGUCAAGUCACAAGGACACACAGAAAACCAAAGAGAAGGUGAUAAAGAGGAGCAGUCUUCGCUUUCCGAUCGGGAGGGUAGUAAUCCGAAGAUGUUUGGCCAUGAAAAUGGGGAAUUGCAACAGAACGUAGAGCAACAGCCAGUCGAGGCAUCUAUAUCAAGCUCUGAGGCAGGUAGUGAGGCAGGAGAAGAUUUUCCCUUGAGAAGCAGCCAAAUGGAAGGAACAAAGCAGAAAGAUACAUCAAACGGGGUGUCUUCAACAGAUUCAGACAACGGUGCAAACCUGAACCAAGAACAACAGCCCGUAGACUCAUUGCAAAGUAGCACGGAACAUCAAACUGCGACUAAUUUUGGUUCUAGUGACACGUCAGAUCAAAAUGAGUCGUUAGAAAAAGAACAGAGACAGCAGUCAGAUGAAGCAUUGCCGCCCGUCUCAGAGUCAAAUAGAGUUAGGCCUUUGAGUAGUAGUAACAUGGAUUCAACAACGCAAAGUGAAACAUCAGAUCACAUGCUUUCAUCGAAUAAAGUCGAUAACAAACCUGAUCAUGAAGACAGGUUCAUCAACGAUGCAAGUUUACACCAAGAAGAACAAAGUAUGGAAAUAUCGCCAAGUGAUGCCCAAAGUAGGCCUAAUACAAGUGAAAAACCAGUAGAAAGCUCACAAAACUCGCCAAGACCAACUGGAUUAGGUUAUAAGCCACAUGAAGUUAAUGUUGGAACCCCAGAAGAAGGUAACGUGAUGCCGGUAGCGGACAAUUCUAAAGAAUUAAUCGAAGGGCAGAAACUAAUGCCUUUUUUGGGAAUAAGAAACGACACAAGAGAACCUUCUGAAGAAAGGCAGAACAGCCAACUAAAUAAAGAAAAUGAACACGACAACAGAAAUCAAAAGAUUGUUUAUUUUUUAAAGAUGGCAAAGGGUAUUCCACUUUUGAACAGUCGAAAAACGACCCAUUACGUGGAGCACAGAAUAGAUAGCACCCCGGAAAGGGGACCUGAAGUGAAUGGUCGGAGAAGAUAUCCUUGGAGCUGGCAAUAUAACCUGAGACGUCCUAAUAGACCAGCAUGGGGACAAAGGCUUAGAAGACCAAGGCAAGGACGACGGCCAAGGUAUAGGUAUAGACCAACACUUGCCCAACCUAGUCCAUCCCCUAGCCCAUCGAUUGGUGGAGGCGGCGCCCUUGGUGGAAGCAGUACCAAUUCUAACGAGCCACAGGGUGAUUCAGAUUUUGAGGAAGAAGCUUUAAAGACGCACAACAAAUAUCGCAAGACACAUGGAGUUCCAGACAUGUCUUUAAGUCGAGAUCUUUCUAACCAAGCUAAGGCAUAUGCACAGAAGAUUGCAAAUAUGGGACAGCUACUGCAUUCCUCUCGGGCAGAAAGAGGAGAGUCGGUCGGCGAAAAUUUGGCAUACGCGUGCUCUUCUAACGGCACUCCCCUGACAGGAGAAUCUGCGACUAAGAUGUGGUACGACGAGGUCUGCAAACCUGGUUACAGAUUUCCUGAUGGCGGAUUCAGUUCUGGCACUGGCCACUUUACCCAGGUGGUAUGGAAGGACAGCACUAAGCUUGGCAUAGGACAGGGAAAGGCAACACAGAAUGGCAUGCCAUGUAUCUAUGUUGUCGGGCGUUAUGAAAUCGCGGGUAAUAUGAUGGGGGAAUUUCGGGACCAAGUGCUAAGAGGAAACUUCAACGAAGAAUAUUGCAAUAACGUUAAGAAGUAGCUAUAACAACAUCUGUGUUCAUAGCUGAAAAUUUAAGUUUGCCAUAAAUUUGCAUCUAGUCGUAAGAACGUAAGAUCGCUUUCAGCAGAUAGAAUGAUUGAGAUUGACUCAUUUUAGAGGUUUUAAAUCACCUUCUUAUGCAUUAUUUCCCAGGCUGCCUGAAAAGACUAAUAAGGAAAUGUGUAAAUUUAAAAAUAACUGUAAUUAAACAAAUUUUGUGGUCAGUUGAAGUCUCUCCGUAGCGGGCGCUGCACCUAAUGACAUUAGGCCUGCUUUGGAGAUAUUUAUUUAUUUGUUUCUUUUCGCGGUACUUUUAUUUUAAAUAGUCAUUUUGAAAUUGAGUGCUGCUUAUCAGAAUCUUAAAAAUCCAAAAAUGUUUUCCAGUUUGAUGCUUAAUCCAGAUGCAAUCUGUAAAUCUGCAGCCUGCAGUACAAUUAUGAGAAAACUGUAUUUUUUUCUGAGUGGCUCAAACCUGUUCUUAAUCAGUGUAAAGAAAUAUUGUUAUAAAUAAAUGUAAAAGAAAUGAAAUGAAUAAAUUUGCUUUAUAAUAAAUAUUGGAGAUGAAAGGUAUAGUGACUGUUGUGAUAUUCUUACGGAAGCAGAAGUUGUUAUUACAAUCCUUGUACCAUAAUGGACAAUUCCCACCAUGAGACGUGCCUGGAGGGAAUCAUGGUAGUUGUAUUCAUCUUUUUGGAUUGGGUAUUUCUUUUUCAGGAAUACAACUACCAUGAUUCCCUGCGGCUCGCCGGUCUCAUAGAGGGAAUUGCCUGUUAGUCCU